CCGCGAAAGAAAGGAAGAUAGAAUUGGAAGUCCGGUGAUGGCUAUGGUUCCUCUGCCCUCGUCCCUCUUCGCUUGGCCCAAAGUUUACCAUGGAAAAACCGCUAUUCGGGUUUCGUGUUUCUCAAACAGUACAUCAGAACCUAUUGAAGCAAGAAAGCCCAAGGUGUUUGAUAAUCUGUUCCUUAGUUUAUUCCGGAACAAAAUGGUCCAGGAGACAGGAUGGGACUCCGAAAAGCCAGGGUACCAGGGUCUAAUUGAAGUGGCGCAUCGUCUGACGGUUGGUCAAGACAAUUCCAAAACUAGAGACGCCGCGGUUCGUAUAUUGAAAUCAUUAUUUCCUCCUUUGUUGUUGGAGCUCUACCGGAUGCUUGUUGCACCUAUACAUAGUGGUAAAUUUGCAGCCUUGAUGGUCGCAAGGGUGACUGCAUUAUCUUGCCAAUGGCUUAUGGGUCCAUGUGCUGUUAAUUCCGUAGAUCUUCCAAAUGGUUCCUCAUUGAUGAGUGGGGUUUUUGUGGAGAAAUGCAAGUAUUUGGAAGAGAGCAAAUGUGUGGGUGUAUGUAUUAAUACAUGUAAACUCCCUACACAGACUUUCUUCAAGGAUCACAUGGGAGUUCCAUUGCUGAUGGAGCCAAACUUCACGGACUAUAGCUGUCAGUUUAAAUUUGGGAUUCUUCCUCCUCAGCAAGAAGUUGAUGACGCUCUUAAAGAGCCAUGCUUAGAGAUAUGCCCCAGUUCUGUUCGUCGAAAAGAAAUGAACCACAACAUUCCAGCACACAAGUGUCCAAAAGCAUGAAAUCUGGUCAUUCUGUUAAUCUCUUAAUUAUCCUGCCAUUAUAAUACUAUCUUGGGGUCCAUAGUUUGUCUUUCACACGUAGGGGCCCAUUUGGACCUGUGAUAUGAUCGCAUUGUUAUGAAGUUGAAUUUUUGUUUGGACAUGCAAUUUGCAUUUCUUAAGAUUAUUCUUUUCAUGAACAUGAAAUCCUCACAAGUUGUGAAAAUUAUGAACUUUGUUCGGUUUCUUGUACAAUUUUGCCAAAUGAGUAUCAAUACUGUCAGGUACCACUUUGAUAAAUUGUAUAUCUUUGUAUUCCUUUUAUUAAUUUAAGUUUUAAAUACACAUAGUUUUAGUUAUUUUUUAUUAGUCAUUUUACAUGGUACGAAUAAUUACUUCAUCUAGAGCAUAAGUGCUUUAUUUCUUUUGCAAAAUUUAAAAUGUUCGAAUUUUUUUCUACAAAAUAUAACCUUAUUUCUUUUCCGUAUAUAUCAUUUUUUAUUAAAAAAAGGACAACACAAUUAUGCAUUUGGUUGAUGAGGAGAAAACUCCGGUAUAGUAGAAAAUAGAAGCCUUUGGUUGUCCUAAUAAUAAUGUGUUAAUUUGAAUGAUUUAUUGUGGUGACAAAUGUUGCCAAGAAAACAGAAAUGUUCCUCCUAUAUAGAGCAUAAGAAGUGUGGUAGUUAUACCCAAAAUCUUUUUUUCCCAUAACUCACCCUGCAUUUUGCAGGGAGGGCUAGGGCAAAUUAAUUAAUACGUAUCAAAGAAUGACGGAAGGCGUGGUCGCCAUCAAGGACAACAGAAAUGACGAUCAGAAUAAGAAGAAGGCGAAGACGCCAGGCGUUUUCGGCUUCUUCAAAGCUGCAAUGUUCGUAUUGCGCCAUCGUACAAAAGGAAAGCAGAAAGCUGCUCAGGUAAUAACCCAACAGGGAGAUUGGAAGAAGCUGGUGGGUUCUAUGCGCCCUUUGCAUCUGCAGGACAAUAAUAAUAAUAAUAAUAAUACAUUAUAUUGUGCCACGUCACCCUCUGCAGCGAGCCAGUACGCUUCCGCUGACGAUCUCAAAUCACUAGAUCAGUUGGAUACCAUGAGCCAAUACGCUUCAGCAAACGAUCUGAAAUCACUAGAUGCCCUGGCCUCAGCCUCAUCGGGGACCAUGAGCCAGUAUGCUUCCGCAAACAAUCUCCAAGACCUCGACGAACAGGAGGAAGAGGAAGAUGAUCCUGACAAAGUCUUCGAUGCUAUUGGCGCUGACGACAUGAUCGAUGCCAAGGCCGAACUCUUCAUCCUUCAUUUUUACCAACAAACGAGGCGUCAAAACGUUGAUUCAAUCAGCGGCCAAUUCCAUUAAUUGCAAGGUCAACAUUACGUAAUAAAUAAGGCUACGGCUAGAUAGCCCCUAAUUGUCUAGCUAAUUAUAUAGUAUAUGAUGGAUGAGAAGUACAUACCUACUCCACAUUGAUGAUGAAGCUAACCUAUAUACUGUAUUUAUAACAAGACAAGGGGAACAUAACAAUCAUAAUAAUCUAGCCA